ACCAGCAGCUGGGCUGCGCGAUGGCAGCGUGUGACUCCCACGCGUUUUAAUGAAAGUCUCGUUGAUUCGCUUGAAGGAACGACAAUGGACCUGACUUUUCUCGGGACCGGAUCGGCCUACCCGUCCCCGAACCGAGGCGCCUCGGCGCUGGUGUUCAGGACCGAGGGCGAAUCUUGGCUGUUCGACUGCGGAGAGGGAACCCAGACCCAGCUGAUGAGGAGCCAGCUGAGAGCCGGUCGAAUCACCAAAGUCUUCAUCUCUCACUUGCAUGGGGAUCACCUGUUCGGUCUGCCCGGUCUCCUGUGCACCCUGAGUCUCAACACCAACCCCAGUCCCACCCACACCCCUCCCUGUGUGGAAAUCUAUGGACCCAGAGGCCUCAGACAUUUCCUCAGGGUGACUCUAGGGCUCACGGGGUCACAGCUUCUCUUCCCUUACGCAGUCCAUGAGCUGGAGCCCACCGCUGACCAGAGCCCACUGGAGGGACAGCUCACCCCUGAGAUGACAGCAGGCUCUGGUCCUCUGCACCCCCAGGAGCAGCCAGGGAGGACCAUCUCCCUAGAUGUCAUCAAUGACUGCUACUACCUCCUGGAAGACAAGAAGUUCGUGGUAAAGGCCUUCAGGUUGUACCACCGUGUUCCCUCAUUUGGCUUCUCUAUUCAAGAGCAUGAUCGGCCUGGGAGACUGAAGACUGAACUACUAAAGGAACUAGGCUUGACUCCAGGACCACUUUACGGCCGUCUGAAAGCGGGAGAGUCGGUGACAUUAGCGAGCGGGCGUGUCAUAUCAUCCAGCGAGGUUUUGGAAGAAGUCAUCCCAGGGAGGAAGAUCUGCAUUCUAGGGGACUGCAGUUCACUCAUGGGGGAAGGACCGUUGAGGGCAUGCAGCCAAGCGGACAUUUUGGUUCAUGAGGCCACACUGGGGGACGAGCACCACGAGAAAGCCUUGGAGCACGGGCACAGCACACCUAAAGUGGCUGCAGCGGUGGCCCGUGCCUGCUGUGCACGGAGACUGGUACUGCACCACUUUAGCCAGAGGUACAAGCCAUGUGCCCUGCAGAAGGAGGGGGAUGAGGAUGACAUCACACAGCUCGGGAGACAAGCUGAAGAAGCACUACAGGGCAGUGGCAUUGAAGUGACUCUCGCUGAGGACUUUCUCACUCUUCCCAUACCCUUAAAAAGGCUGCAAUAAUACCCUGCUACUUGGGUUUUUUAUAUUGCUGUUAUGAAUCAAAAUAGAUUGAGUCAUUGGGACCAAAUGACUCAUUUUUAAUUGUUUGGUCUGAUUGUAAUCAUUUAUGAAAUAAAACACUUUUGAUCUCAAUCUGUUGUGCAACUGAAAAAAAAACUUAAACCUAUA